GUCCUGGAAUCUUGACCCGAACUCUGCUCAAUGCAGGUGUUAGAGUGGUAGCUCUAGAAAAUAACUCAGCUUUUCUUCCGAACUUACAGUCCCUAGAGAAUAGCCUGGAUGGACAAUUAAAGGUAAUUUACGGUGACUUCUUCAGACUGGAUCCUUUGGCGGUCGGAACGGUGAAACCACCUGCUCUGUGUUCCGACAAACUUUUUGAAACCAUGGGUGUAGCAGCAGUUCCUUGGAGUGCAGAUGUACCUGUGAAAAUUUUUGGAAUCUUGCCGCAAAAAAACGAAAGGAGCACACUUUGGAGGCUUCUCUUUGCCCUGUAUGAAUGCAAUUCCAUAUACAGAUACGGAAGAGUAGAACUCAACAUCUUUAUGAGUGAAAAAGAGUACAAGGUAUUAACAGGAAAGCCUGGGGAUGCAAGGGCUUACCAAGCACUUACUGUACUUUGGCAAGUAGGAUGUGAAAUUCAGCUACUGCACAUGGAACCUUGGUCAUCAUUUGUAACUAAUUUGAAAAAUGGGGGACUGGCAGUGCCAAAAAGCAUGUGGCUGCCAAAUGACCAUUUAUGUCUGGUACGACUGACUCCUCACCAAAAUCUGUUUACAGGAAGCUUGAAGCCCACAAAUUCAGCUACCUUUAUUUUCAUGGUGAAACAGUCUUUUGCUAAACCCAAGUCUAGACUUAUUGAUAGAUUAAAUUCAUGGAGCUUGGACAAUAGUGGCAAAUUGCUGAGACAGCUAGAAAUACCAAAAAAUGCUGCAACCCGUAACUUAUACCCAGAAGACUAUAGGCGUCUUUUUGAGGCUUUGCAAAACUCUAAUAUGUUUACUGAAACUUGGUUCCAUGACAACGUCUUGGAAAGUAUAAGGAACAUAAACUUAUAA